AUCGGCGCGGUCACACUGCAUCCCUAGCUUGCGUAAAAAUUAUUUGUAAAAACGCGCACCUAGCCGCAGAUGCUGAGACAACCAGCAUAACAAAAUAAAUUCUUCCAUCUACGUAUAUAUAUUUUUUACCAUUAAUUCUUGGAUCUCAAACCAAAAGGAAAUCAUCCUCGCAUCAAACAAGCGAUUUAUUUUGUUACCAAUCGAUCUACUUGGAGAAUUUCGUUUAAUUUUUGCAUCCCAAUUUUUGUAUUUGCGUUGGUUAUAUUUUUGCGUUACAUUUUUUGUUUGCACACAAAAAUACCCCCAACCAUAAGACGACACGAGGAGGCCCAGAGAUCUGAGGCGUAAAGAUGUUUAGUCCGGAAUAUGAGAAGCGCAUCCUGAAGCACUGCAGUCCGGUGGCACGUAAUCUAUUUGAUAAUUUGGAAUCGUCGACAACACCAACAUCGCUGGAUCGUUUCAUACCCUGCAGGGCCAACAACAAUUGGCAGACAAACUUUGCGUCGAUCAACAAGUCGAAUGAUAACUCACCACAGACGAGCAAGAAGCAGCGGGACUGUGGGGAGACGGCACGCGAUAGUCUGGCCUAUUCGUGCCUCUUGAAGAACGAGCUCCUUGGCACGGCCAUAGAUGAUGUGAAGACCGCCGGCGAGGAGCGCAACGAAAAUGCCUAUACACCAGCAGCAAAGCGAAGUCUCUUCAAAUAUCAAUCCCCCACAAAGCAGGAUUACAAUGGCGAAUGCCCGUACUCGUUGUCGCCGGUGAGCGCCAAGAGCCAGAAGCUACUGCGUUCGCCCCGGAAGGCCACACGCAAGAUCUCUCGCAUUCCAUUCAAGGUGCUCGACGCACCGGAGCUCCAGGAUGAUUUCUAUUUGAAUCUGGUCGAUUGGUCCUCGCAGAAUGUCCUUGCCGUGGGCCUGGGCAGCUGUGUCUAUCUAUGGAGUGCCUGCACCAGUCAGGUGACUCGCCUGUGUGAUCUCAGUCCGGAUUCGAACACCGUGACCUCGGUGUCGUGGAACGAGCGCGGCAACACAGUAGCCGUGGGCACACAUCAUGGCUAUGUGACCGUUUGGGAUGUGGCCGCCAAUAAGCAGAUCAACAAACUCAAUGGCCACUCGGCCCGUGUGGGCGCUUUGGCCUGGAACAGUGACAUACUGUCGAGCGGAUCGCGCGACCGUUGGAUCAUCCAACGCGACACACGCACACCACAGCUCCAGUCCGAGCGCCGCCUGGCCGGCCAUCGUCAGGAGGUGUGCGGCCUCAAGUGGUCGCCCGAUAACCAGUACCUGGCCAGCGGCGGCAACGACAAUCGUCUGUAUGUGUGGAACCAGCACUCGGUGAGUCCCGUGCAAUCGUACACGGAGCAUAUGGCCGCUGUGAAGGCGAUUGCCUGGUCCCCGCACCAUCACGGACUGCUGGCCAGCGGCGGCGGGACGGCCGAUCGUUGCAUUCGAUUCUGGAACACGCUGACCGGCCAGCCCAUGCAGUGCGUGGACACUGGAUCACAGGUGUGCAAUCUAGCCUGGUCCAAGCACUCCUCGGAGCUGGUCUCCACGCACGGCUACUCCCAGAAUCAGAUACUGGUGUGGAAGUACCCCUCGCUGACGCAGGUGGCCAAAUUGACUGGCCAUUCGUACCGUGUGCUCUAUCUGGCGCUCAGUCCCGAUGGCGAGGCCAUUGUCACGGGCGCCGGUGAUGAGACGCUGCGCUUCUGGAAUGUGUUCAGCAAGGCGCGCAGCCAGAAGGAGAACAAGUCUGUCCUUAACUUGUUUGCCAACAUCAGAUAGAUUCCACACACAAACACACACACUAAACGAACACACCACACACACACACAUCAUUUAUACACACACCACAUUCGCCAACAUGUUGUGUGUGGGGGCUUAUUGGGCAGGUGGUGGGACACCACCACACUGCCACGAAGACUGAGAGAGGCGCCAAAGGCAACCAAAACAAAACCAAGCAAAAAAAGGAAUAACAACUAACAA